AUGGAGUGGUCAACUUCGAUGCCGACGUUUCGGCGAGAAGUAUCCAGCAAGCCGCGAGAUGGUUACACGGAACGCAGCUCAAGCAACGAAAGUAUUGAAGCCCUGUCGGAAAGCUCGAGAUGCCCUCAUUUUGCGGGAUUUCUUGGCGUUUGCUUAGCACAAGACAAUUCGCUCGGCCUGCACCCUUUCAUUAGCAAUACCCUUCCCGACUUUGAGGAUGUUACCCUCGGCGGCGGCUCCUUUGAAGUGCGCCAGGUCUCGACCUCAUCAUUUCCUACAGGCUUAGCAACGGACUUGCUCAAAGGUCGUGACUUCGUGGUGGUGAAACAUCCUCGGGCAAUACCGAACAGGCAUGGACAGAGCACGUAUCAUUUUGCCGAUAUAGCGACUGAGCUCCAGGUUUUGCGACAUCCUCCAAUUAAAGUACACGAUCAUGUCAUCGAUUUCAUGGGCGUCAUGUAUCACUACACAGGUGAUGAGACCCAGGACGGAAAUCGAAUCGUCCCCGCUUUGGUGCUCGAAUAUGCUGCCUACGGCAACCUAAAAGAGUUCCAGAUCUCAGGACACGCAAACACAUUUCCAGAUCAGAUCAAAGUUGCUCUAGAUGCCGCCAGCGGUAUUCAGGCACUGCAUCGAGUGGGUAUGAUCCACGGAGAUGUCAAACCCUCCAACUUUCUCGUCUGCAAGCAUGAGAGCCGGGACUUUGUGGUCAAGCUUGCAGACUUCGGAUUCUCCCUUUCUAUUGAUGAUGGCAGGUUCGUCGGCCACACGCAGAUGUACUGUGCCCCAGAAUCAUACGAUGGAAAGUUUGAACGCCAGCACCUGAAGCAACUCGACAUGUACAGUUUUGGGCUUACUUUCCUCGCCAUUCUCGAGAGUGGUGGCACGUUUUAUGAUAAUCUGCCCACUCAGGAUCUAGACAUCAAUGUCAGGAAAAUGAAAAGCGCAGAUCUUAUGUGCACUACCAUGCCUAUGCGGGUUUUGAAAGGCUCUCGACACGAAGGACGUCCUUUGGCCAUUGUUUGCAAGAUACUCAAGACGUGUCUCCAAAAGUCUCCCGCCGCUAGAUUCAAAGACAUGGACCGUAUCAUUCUGCUUCUUCGUCUGGCCCAGCAUGUCUCUCUUGGAGAGAACUCACAUGCCUCUUUCAACGAUACGACGGCCGCGCAGGCUGCCGAGUUCAUCAAAGUCAUUGGAGGCGACAGUUGUCCUGACACUACGCAAGUUCCACAAGCGCUGCAACAAGGCUACCCGCAAUGCCUGGAGUACAUCCAACUCGCAAUUGAUGGGAUUCCAAAGCAGCAGCCGGCGCAGCUUAUGCAAGUCCAAGUUAAAGCACUGAGAGAUCAAGCUGCUCGGCUUGCGCAAAUGACCCUUUGGAUGCAUGGCUUCAUGAUGAACACCCAGGAAAGGCCUUUGGGAGAUGUGUUACGUCAGAUCGUGGAGAAGCGAGUCAUUGCGGACCUCUUCAAAGCUGUCGGAACACCCGAAAACGGGUCCGACGUUAUUGACUUUGAUACAUGCAAGGCCUUGAGAUUCAUCUCUGACUUGGUGGGACUUUUACCUGAGCCAUAUGUUGCCGGGUGGUCAGAUGAAUCUCCAGAAGUAGAACAAUUGAGGUACAUCCCUUGGCUGGCAUAUCAAAUGUAUCUCUAA